GUGACAUCAUCAACAUUAGCCGAGAAAGCAUGGAGAUUCAACUGGCUAGUAACACACGAUGCGGACAGGGGGACGUGUUUUUCAACAUUUAUGGUGACUUUUUAAAGAGUUACACCAGACCAAGUUGGAGUAAUUCUUCUGUUUCCUAGUUUCGAUGGAUAUUUUCUCAGUCAGCUAACGUUUAGCUGCUGGCUACUCGCUAAAGCUAAAAUGCAGUCGGUGAAGGUCGGCUAUUUGGCUAUGGCUGCUUCGAGGGCUGUUUUCUCAAAUAACAUGGCCUGUCCCGUUAAUGUCAUCGCUUGUUGUUGUAUCCGUAGUUCAGUCGGUCAGAUUCGUCUUUGUCAGUCGUCAGUCAAAACAGGGGAGCCUGUGGUUAUUCGCGUUCCCCGACACAUGCAGAAGCGCGUCGAAAACGUGAAGCAGAUGCGAGGCAAGAGCAAAAUCAACACCAUCAAAGCUGGCAGGCUGUUGAUCCAGAGCAAGAACCCUGAGCGGAACCAGUCUGCGGGAUACAUACUUGGGAAGUUUGAGCAGCCUGUUCUGUCCUCUAAAGGAUGGAAACAUAACAAAUCAUUCGGUGACUAUUUCUCCAUUAACAGCACUAAGACUGUUGCCCCUUUUGUCACUAAAACCCAGCAGGAGGAGAAUGAUAAACCUGGGGAAUUGAUGACAUUUAAUAACUUCCGCAUCUGCAAGGAGCUGGUGGAGGUUUUGAACAAUACCAACAUCACACAUCCCACCACCGUGCAACUACAGACCAUCCCAAAGGUCCUGCAAGGUCACAACAUUAUUUGUGCUGCAGAGACAGGCAGCGGCAAAACGCUGAGUUACCUCCUGCCCAUUGUUCACAGGCUUCAGGCGGAAAGGGAAUCAGAAGUCUAUGCUGACACCACACGCAAGGUCCGCUGUUUGGUUAUUGUGCCCUCCAGGGAGCUGACUGAGCAAGUGGCCGCUGUGUCCAGGAUCCUGUGUGCUCCAUUUGACAUGGUGACGAGGAUUGUGGGUGGUGGACGAGGUGUAGGUCACAUCAAGAUGGUCUUCAAGAGGGGACCUCCAGAUAUCUUAGUGGCUACCCCCGGUGCUCUGGUCAAGGCCCUGCAGAGACACUGCCUGGACCUGAGUGAGCUGAACUUCUUGGUGGUUGACGAGGCUGACACCAUGUUUGACCCGAGCUUUUCUGGCAUGUUGGAACGUAUCCUCCUCGAGACUCAUAUUUCCAGUGAGCCUUCACAGACACAGGGCCCUGGCCAUAGGGCCCAGUUGCUAGUGGUUGGGGCCACCUUCCCUGGUGGUGUGGGUGAAGUUCUCAGUCAGGUGACUGACCUCGGCAGCAUGGUGACUAUCAAGAGCAAGAUGCUGCACUUCCUCAUGCCGCAUGUCAAGCAGACGUUCCUGAAGGUGAAGGGAGCUGACAAGAUCCUGGAGCUGCAUCAAGCACUGAAGCAGCUCCAAAAAGAUAAAGGAGGCGGUGGAGCUCUGGUGUUCUGCAACAGCGCCUCCACUGUCAACUGGCUGGGCUACUCUCUGGAAGAGAUGGGGGUGCAGCAUGCACGUCUGCAAGGGCAGAUGCCCGCUGUCAUACGUGCAGGGAUCUUUCGAUCCUUCCAGAAGGGCCUGGUGGAUGUGCUGAUCUGCACGGACAUCGCCUCACGUGGGCUGGACACAUCCCGAGUGCGCUUGGUUGUCAACUAUGACUUCCCAGAAUCCCAUACGGACUACAUCCACAGGGCAGGGAGGGUGGGGAGGGCAGGGAGCGUUGAGGACGGGGAGGUGCUUAGCUUUGUCACUCAUCCCUGGGACGUGGAGCGGGUGCAGAAGAUUGAGACUGCUGCACGAAGGCGAGCCAGUUUGCCGGGCAUGGAAUCUGUUAUACAUGAGCCAAAAGCCAAACCCUUACCUUAGCCAUGAGUAGAAGGGUUUUGCUUGUCUGUUGGAUAGGCUUAGGUGGUGCACUACCCACUGGUGUUGGAGUGAGACUCUGUAAAAGCAACAGAAAUAUUUGUAAUGGGUUACUUUAAAAUUGAAGGUGCAGAGUAAACAGGAAUCACCCAAAGUGUUAAAAAUGGGCUAAUGUUCUUAAGCUUUUCACUGCUCCAUCUGACCAUCCUGACUUAAUAAAACACAGGACACUUAAUGCACUGGGUGGUUAAAAUGAACAACCCCAAUUCUGUUUCAUAUCAGUAGGGAUGGAAAUGCUGCUAAAAUGCUGCUUAGUGUUUUUCAGAGACAUAGUGCAAAUGCUUGCAACUUGAAUCGAGGCUAAAGGAGAUGGAGAUGGCAGUCAAACUGUUUUACCAGGCUGUGCUCUGAAAUCCUCAAGUUUUGUGGGUAGUCCUUAUACUUACAAAGCAAUAAUUUCAAGCACAACAGCUCAUAUGGAACACAUUUAGGAGUGCACUUUUUUAUGAUUGUAAUAUAAAUAAGACUGUUAUAGCUUGUGCUGUAUUUCCUGAUGCAAAUUAUUUACCUGCUUGCACUGUUGGUUUAUGGAGACAAAACUGCUCAACAUGAAUUCAUUCAGGUCUAUUUGUGUUAUUCCACUCAAGCAAUUAAUAUAAUGUGUUUAACACAUGGUUUGAAUUCUUAGUAAAAUGCUAUGCAAAAUCGGAAA